AUUGAGGCCAACUGCGGCCAGCAAUUCUGGGACAGCAUCAUUUAGCAGCACAUGCUCAAGAAGAUCAUCGCUCUUUAUAAAUUUACGCCUGGUAUCGGUAAACGGGGGUAUCCUAAAAAAACUUCCCUCGGUUUGGAGUCUUUGGACGGAUAUGGGCCAUGGAUUAUGACGUGAGGUCAAAUUUGGGCGUUGCUUCAACGCUUGAAGCCGCUUGAGAAAAAGGUUCGCGCUAUCCAGAUCCAAAUACAGAGUGUGUCGGUGGGAAAGUCCGUUCGGUCCGCAAGUGUCUGUCUGUCUGUCUGUCUGUCUGUCGGCGUUCUUACAGUAAGAUCUCCAUUGCCAUUGUCACCUUGCACGUUGGCAUUCCAACCACGAUUCUUGCAAGUCAGACGGUCUCUGGACGCCGCGUUAGAGGAAUAUACCCCCCAACUCCGUUCCAAGUCACACCCACAAAGGUUGUCUCUGCCAAAUCCUAAUUCCUUCCGGCAUACCCAUAUGCGGCCCUCGACCGCCUUCUUAGCCGCUCUCGCGGCAGGAGUCCCAGCGCUUAUCACCGGUGCACCGUCCGCGAAUCUCCCGUGGACGUUCUGCGACUCCUCCAAAGACUACGACGUCAAAGUAUCUUCCGUUCAGGCAGUGUAUGAGCCCGAUACCAAGGUCCUCAACGUUUGGGCGGCCGCGACUUCGGCCGCCGCGAUAGGCAGUAAACUGGGGAAUGGGACAGUCACUUCGAUUAUGCGGGUUGUUGGGUUUGAUGAAUGGCAGGUUGAGGCGGACGCCUGUACAUCAGUGCCUUGCCCUGUAACUGCUGGUGGGAGCUUUGUGCUCUUCAAGAACAUAACCAUCCCCGCCAAUAUCCCUUUCAUUGACUUCAAGCCCCGCGUUGCCCUGUCCGAUGCCAGCGCAACGCCCAAAGAGCUCAUGUGUAUCCAGAUCAACCUGACGCUCGAGUCCACUGCUCUGACUUACGUUCUCGUCUGGGCGUCCGUAUUCACCGCCCUCGCAGCGGGUUUUACCACUUUGCUGGCAAGGUGGCUUCGCCCAGAGUUCCGGCCCACCCUCUUCGACAUGUCCUCUGGAUGGGCGCCCCAUACUCACUUUUUGCCCGCGCGUAUGGGACCGGGUUUCAUCGAUGUAGCUCUGUUCGCGCAGUUCAUCGCAGCCACCGCGCAGUUGAACUUCGAGUACCCGGCGCCAUACCAAGACGCGAUCAGGAUUCUGGCUUGGGCGACGGGGACAUGGAAUGUGCCCGGAAUACGCGAUCUCGCCAAUGCGAUUCGUGGGGACCGACCUGACGAUGUAGAUACCGUUACCAGGACGGGCACCGUGGUAGCGCACAUCUUUGGACGCCAGGCCGCAGGUGCCACCGUCGAUGGAAUCCCCGCCGAAGUUGGAUCGAUCGGAUAUGAACGUUACGCCGAGGUGGUUGGUUUGAAACCCGGGUUGAUGUUCCUGAACACAUUGAUCCCCUUCAUCUUGGUCGUCAUUCUCGUCUCCGGCUGGUGCUUAUUCCUCCACGUCGUCCGAAGGAUGAAGCCGGAUCACCACCUGUUCUCCCGCCCUGGCGCCGAGCCUGAUCGCACGCAAUACUACUGGCGCGGAUGGUUGCUCCGCGUCUACGUCUUCUUCUACUUUGGGUUGACCUCCACCGCCCUGCAUCAGUUGACCUUGAAGGGGGAGCCCCUGUCUAUUAUGAUCAUUGCCGGGAUCGUCUUCAUGGUGCUCGGUAUCGCUCUGCCCAUUAUUCUCACCUUCCGAUUGGUGCACGCCAGCAAAACCGACCCCUCCAGCGACAGCUUGGACCUCGAGCAUUCAGGAACAUCCAUGGUCAACCUCAUCGAUGAUGAUGAUUACUACACACCCGGUCGCAGAAGCACUGCCACCACAGACGGCGGCCGCGUGCACCGCACAGGUACCAGUUCCACCGUCAUCACCAACAUGACCGGCAGACACGGCCGCGGCGAGUCCUUCUCCUCCAAGACCUCCCGCGUCUCCCGCGCUACCACCCGCACCCACAAGGAUACAUCCAAACCCCUUCCGUCCUUGUACAGUGAUCGCAAGUUCAUGCUCAUCUACGGACCGUUCAUUAAUCACUUCAAGCCCAAGCGGUUCAUGUCCCACGCGGCGUUGCUGGUACCCUUGACGUGGUGGCUGCGGCUCGCGCCGGCCAUCGCCGUAGGUGUGUUGGGGAAAAUCGUCCCGCCGUGGUUGCAGUUUGUGGCGUUCAUGAGCGGGGAAGGGUUGUUGUUCUUGUGGAUUACGGUUAUGAAGCCGUAUGCGGGGAAGUUGACAAAUUUGUGGCACUGGUUUUUGAGCAUGUGCCGAUGUGGGUUUGUGAUUUUCUUGUGGGCCGCGUUCUUGUUUAGGCGGUACUGGGGCAUUGAAUGGAUUACCCAACUCAUCGCCGUCGCCCUCAUCCUCUCCACGGUCGGCAUGCACCUCCUCUUCCUGGGCGUCUCCGGCCUUAAGUUCAUGCGUUCCGGCUGGCACAUCUUUCGCCGCGACUCCACCCCCAUCCCGCUCGCCACCGAUCCCAUCGACGUCCGCCGGGAUACUCUCCCCCGAUCCCGUAGCGGCACGACGACCACCACCGCGUCUCGCGCACCGACCAUGGUCUCUGCGGUCUCGGCCGCGAAGGCGAAAGCGAGGAGGGACACCCUGGCUUCCCAGGCCCGCACCGAACGAUCGAUGACCUCUGCGUCGGGCCGCCUGGCAGCUACGCCCGGUGUGUUGUCGCGAUACGCUACAGCAUCGCGUGCUGCAUCCCAAGUCAGCGAUGAGGAUUUCGAAGACGAGGCUGAUGUGAGUGACGCGUACCGCCAGCGUGAGCACGAAGAGGACGCGCAGACACCACUGCCAGCCGCGCCGGCCGCGGCGUUCCCACACGCCCGCCGCACUACGCUCGUCGAUGAAGAGCGAGCCCGACCUUCUACUCUCGAACGCGCUGUCCUGGGCACUUCGGCCACUCAGGGAGCUGCCGGUUCUUCCUCCCACGCCCACCGCGUCUCCUCUCCCGUCCCUGCCGUCCAGGAGGUUGGAAACCCCUACCAUGACGCUUAGGCGAUUUCACACUGCCUUCCUCCCAUUUUUUCGAAUACCUCUUUUAAACAUAGAUAAUCUGUACCGUAUACAUGGCGUAGUGCCGACAUUUCCACUCGGCGUAGUUGAAGUAGUUAGAAGCUUAGCCGACCUUAAUAGUUUUACUAGCUGUACAUAGUAGGUACAUAGGACAUGGAUUUUUUCGGUUUCUAGAUCUCUGAAUGCAUUUGCUGCCCUUAUCUUUCGUGAUACGACUUCUGCUCUCCAUUUGCGAACAAGAUUGAA